AUGAAGCGACUGUCUCGAGUCUUCAGUGGUAGCCCUAAGCCCGUGGUGCAAGAAAAGGAAGCCCCUCGGCAGAUCGUCAAACCUAUCAUUGAACAGCGGUCUGUCGAUGAAGGCAGGCCAUUGAGAGUCGUUGUCAUUGGCGCCGGUAUCUCGGGAAUUCUCUCUUGUAUUCGAUUUGUUCAAAGAAUUCCAAAUAUCGAUCUGUGUAUCUAUGACAAGAACGCGGAUAUUGGAGGAACUUGGGUUGAGAAUCGGUAUCCAGGCUGUGCAUGUGACAUUCCCGCACACACCUACCAGGCCACCUUCGAGCCCAACAAAGAGUGGUCUUCUUUCUAUGCCACCUCGCCAGAGAUCCACCGAUACUGGAAACGCAUCGUCGACAAGUAUGGGUGCAUGAAAUACAUCAAGUUGAGGCAGCAGGUUGAGGGGGCAACCUGGGAUGAAAAUACUUCAAAGUGGAAUGUCCAAAUUCAAGACUUGGAAAGUGGCUCGACGUACAGCGACCAAGCUGAUGUUCUCAUCCAAGCGACCGGUGCUCUGAACAACUGGAAAUGGCCAAACAUCCCUGGUCUUCAAGAUUUCAAGGGCAAGCUGCUUCACAGUGCCUCUUGGGAUGAGGAGUACGAAUAUUCGAAUAAACGAGUGGCUGUGAUUGGAAACGGUUCCAGUGGCAUUCAGAUUGUGCCUGGAAUGCUGCCAAAAGUGACCUAUAUCGAUCAUUAUAUACGCAGCCGGACGUGGAUUGCUCCGACGUUUGCUAGAGAGCAAAUCGACAAGCGAGGAGGCAAGGGACUAGAAAACUAUACCUUCACUCCGGAGGAGAUCGAGACUUUCAAGAACGAUCACCAAGCAUACCAGGAGUUCCGUAAAGAGGUGGAGCUCGAGUUGCAGUCUAUCCAUGGAGCCACACUUACCGGUCACCCCAUGCAAGUGGAGGCCCAUGACGUGUUCGUCACAAACAUGAAGCGCCGCUUAACGAACAAGCCCGAGAUAUUGGAUGAUCUUAUUCCAUCAUUCCCACCAGCUUGUAGGCGCUUGACACCAGGUCCAGGCUACCUCGAAGCUUUGACAGAUGAAAGAGUCAAUGUCAUCAAGUCGGAUAUUGUCAAGGUCGACGCGACAGGCAUCUUCACAGCUGAUGGUCAGCACAGGGAAGUCGAUGCGAUUGUUUGUGCUACCGGAUUUGAUACGACCCAUACCCCGCGAUUCCCCAUCAAGGGACGAGGGGGCAUCACUCUCGCUGAGCGAUGGAAAAAGACCCCCGAGACCUAUAUCUCGGUCGCAACCGACGGGUUCCCUAAUUACUUCAUCUCCCUCGGACCCAACUCGGGCCUUGGAGAGGGCAAUCUACUCAUCCUAAUUGAAAGAGAGAUAGAUUACUUCACGGAAUGCGUGAAGAAGAUGCAACGCGACAACAUCCGCGCUCUGUCUGUGAAAGCCAACGCAGUCCGGCGCUUUAGUCAGUACUGUGAUGAGUACUUCACAGGCACCGUCUUCAGUGGCAAAUGUCGGAGUUGGUACAAGGGUGGUACUGAAGAUGGACGCAUUAUUGCACUAUGGCCUGGGUCCUCUCUUCAUGCGAUGAAGGUAUUCGCGAAUCCCCGUUGGGAAGACUUUGACUAUGAGUAUGUCAACGACAAUCCGACCGGGUGGUUUGGAGAUGGCUGGACCGAGAAUGAGAAACAUGAUAGGAUCAAUGUGAACUAUCUCGAUGAUGAUCAGGUUGAUUUCCCCCAGCCUUUCCAGGCAUAG